GGAUUCGCAUAUAUUCAUACUCAUGAUGAAAAUGACCGACUUUGCACUAAUAAUACAUGGCCAGGAGAGAUAGGUAGUCUCAAGACAAAUACCGUAUUGCAAUAUGAUGAAAAAUUUAAUGAAGUUGAAUCAUGGGGAUUUCCUGCGCUUGCAAAGCGACCUAAACGAAAAAAAGGUCAUCAAAACGACUCUAAACCUGUAGAAUUAUUUAAACUUCAUCUGGGUAAUUUGUUUCAAGAUAUGAAACCUAAACUUCCUGUGGACUAUAAGAAAGCGAUCACUGAUUAUAUUCGAGAAAUAGGAAAGUUAAUAAAAGAAACAAUCGCAACUUCUUGGCCAAGCAUUGAUUUUCAUAAAAACGUAUUACUCGUUAUGACCGUUCCUGCUGAAUACUCUCAUGGGUCACGUAGUAUACUACGUGAUUGUGUGUUCAGUGCAGAUUUAAUCGGCGAGGUUAACUCAGAAAAUUUACAAUUUACUACAGAACCCGAAGCUGCUGCUAUUUACUGUAUGAAGAAUUGUUUUAAAGAACCAGCUAUUGUUGCUAAUUCAGACCAUAGAAUCGAUCAUACAAUAUUUUGUAUUAUAGAUGCAGGCGGUGGAACAGUAGAUCUCACAACUCGUAGAUUAUACAGUAAUAAUCAAUUGGGUGAAGUUACUGAACGUGCAGGUGAUUUUUGCGGAAGUGCUUGGAUAGAUCGCGAAUUUAUUAAUUUUCUUAAAAGAAAACUUGGUGAAUUUCCAUUAAAUAUGCUCGAAAAACUUCACUAUGGCCAAAUGCAAUAUAUGGUUCAAGAAUUUUGUAAAAAUGUCAAAUUUCUAUUUGAUGGUAAAGAUCUAAACUAUUCAUACGAUCUAGAUCUUGGAGAGGUUUGUCCAGUGCUCAAGCAAUAUGUAGCGGGCGAAACAAAAGAUACGCUAGAGGAAAAUGAUUGGAUAAUUGAAUUAGAUUAUAUGAUUGUCAAAAAUAUGUUUGAUCCUGUUGUUAAUAGGAUUAUCAACAUGAUAAAAGCACAACUAGACAAUUCAAAUGAUAAAUGUUCUAUGCUAUUUUUGGUAGGAGGGUUCAGUCAAUCCAAAUAUUUACAAUCAAGAAUCAAAGAAGAAUACCAACACAGAGUUAGUUCUAUCUCGGUUCCCGUUCAACCGAUUGCUAGUGUAUGUCGUGGGGCUGUAUAUUAUGGUCUCAGCUUGAAAAAUAAUGCCAGCGGUGUAACUUUGGAUUGGAACAAAUUUAUCGUCAAAACUAGAGUCCUUAAAUAUACGUAUGGAAUCAAAAAAUCUAUAAGAUGGAAGAAUGGUGAUCCACCAAACCGAAAAAGCUAUGACGGAUAUAUUGAUAAAUUUCAUCCAUUGGCAUCAAGAGGGGCUGAAGUAUCCGUUGAUCAAGAGUUUACUUUUACCUGUUAUCCUUUAAAGAAAGAUCAAGUAGCUAUAACUUUUGAGAUAUUUCUUACUCAGGACCCUGAAUCUAAAUAUUGUGAUGAUAUUGGAAUGAAUCCACUUGGAAAACUUCGAAUUGAUCUUCCAGAUGCCCAUCUUGGUCUUCAAAGGCCUAUUCUUUUUGGACUUUGUUUUGGAAAAAUGGAAAUUACUGCCUUCGCAAAGAACAAGACUAAUGGUCAACAUUAUCAAACUACCUUUGAAUUAGAAAAAGAAAAUUAA